CUCACUGACGCCAGGCCGAGCAGACCCAAGUCGGGCACAGAGAGCACGGAGGGAAGGCUCCGAGAGAGGACACCACCACACUGGAAAGAGAAAAAAGAUUUUCAAGUGGAUCUACUCUGACCAUCUUGCCAGCUGGGAGUUCUUGGAAAAUUUAAAAGGACACAUAUUGAAUUUUCCCCUUUUUCUUCUGACUCUGGACUGUCCUCCACCACUGAUAAAACUUCCCGUGGACAGAAAGGAGAGGGGAGGAGGCCGGCUUGUCUGUCAUGAACGUCACCUCACUCUUCUCCUUCACCAGCCCGGCAGUCAAACGACUGCUGGGUUGGAAACAGGGAGAUGAAGAAGAGAAAUGGGCAGAAAAGGCUGUAGACGCUCUGGUAAAGAAACUGAAAAAGAAGAAAGGAGCCAUGGAAGAACUGGAGCGGGCUCUCAGCUGCCCAGGUCAGCCCAGUAACUGUGUGACAAUCCCCCGCUCCCUGGAUGGACGGCUGCAGGUGUCCCACAGGAAAGGCCUGCCUCAUGUCAUUUACUGUCGGGUGUGGCGCUGGCCUGAUCUGCAGUCACACCAUGAGCUGAAGGCUCUGGAGUGCUGCGAGUACCCCUUUGGCUCCAAACAGAAAGAUGUGUGUAUCAACCCUUACCACUACAAACGAGUGGACAGUCCAGUGCUGCCUCCUGUGUUGGUACCAAGGAACAGCGAGUUCAAUGCCAAGCAUACAAUGUUGCCUCGCUUCCGCAACCCAUUACAACAGAAUGAGCCGCACAUGCCACAAAACGCCACGUUUCCAGAAUCCUUUGCUCAGGCCAACACAAUGCCUUUCCCCCAUUCACCGGGAAACAGCUACCCAAACUCGCCAGGAAGUGGCAGCAGCGCCACCUUUCCUCAUUCACCAUCCAGCUCCGACCCCGGCAGUCCAUUCCAGAUGCCAGAGACCCCCCCUCCUGCCUACAUGCCCCCAGAGGAGCAGAUGACUCAGGAUUGUCCCCAGCCAAUGGACACCAACCUCAUGGCUCCACCCCUGCCCCUAGAGAGCAACAACCGGCCAGAUGUGCAGCCCGUGGCUUAUGAGGAACCCAAGCACUGGUGCUCUAUUGUUUACUAUGAGCUCAACAAUCGGGUUGGAGAGGCGUUCCAGGCUUCCUCCACCAGUGUACUUGUCGAUGGCUUCACAGAUCCCUCCAACAACCGCAACAGAUUCUGCCUCGGCCUCCUCUCCAACGUCAACCGCAACUCCACCAUUGAAAACACCCGGAGGCACAUUGGCAAAGGUGUCCAUCUGUAUUAUGUUGGAGGAGAAGUGUACGCAGAAUGCCUGAGCGACAGCAGUAUCUUCGUUCAGAGUCGUAACUGUAACUACCAUCACGGCUUCCAUCCUACAACUGUGUGUAAGAUUCCCAGCGGCUGCAGCCUGAAGAUUUUUAACAACCAAGAGUUCGCUGAGCUGCUGGCCCAGUCUGUCAACCAUGGCUUUGAGGCUGUUUAUGAGCUCACUAAGAUGUGUACCAUUCGCAUGAGCUUUGUUAAGGGCUGGGGAGCAGAGUACCACCGCCAGGAUGUGACCAGCACGCCCUGCUGGAUUGAGAUUCACCUGCAUGGUCCUCUGCAGUGGUUGGACAAGGUGCUAACCCAAAUGGGCUCCCCCCACAACCCUAUAUCCUCUGUGUCCUAGGCUUUACGGUCUUUGGCCCUGUGGCUGUCCAUACCCCAGCAUUUUGGUCUAAGUAGCAAGAAUAGGGGCUCGCUGGUCCCAGAAUGGUUUGUGGCUCAUUCACUCCAUACUGAUAGAGGUUUUGACUGACACACAAGCUGAUCUGGGACCUGUAGGGUUGGGCCCACACUGUUAAAUGGGUUGAUUUGCUCUGUACUUGAAGGAUGUCUGAAUUGGGCACAUUAACAGUCUGGGAGAGGAGUCAGCAAAGUGAGCGUGAUGCAACUGGAAGAUACUUGAUCUUUGUGACCAACUGUAAUAAUUAGACCAUCACACUCAUCAUGAUGUAACUAUUCUCCCUGAUCUUGCUCCCACAACUUCUCUCAUUCAUUGUUCUAUUAUUCUGACUCAUAACUAGUUUGCGUCUAAAUGCUUCCUUUGAAAUCCAGAUAUACUUGUGUAGUUAAAGUAAUUAUGGGACAUUCCAGGUCACUGAGAUUGCAGUUGCCGGCCGUCAUAUGGCUGACUGCGAUCAGGUUGGCAUGAAAUGUACUUCUACAUGAAGAAAGAAAGCAGAGACUGGGAAGAUGACCAGCACGACUGAAAAUUUCAAAUCAUCUCCAGAUAAUCAAAAGAAGUAUACUGUUUACUCAUCUUUUUUUUUUUUUGGUCCGACAAAAAUAAAGGUUAGUAAAAAAGUUAAUAUAACCUCCAAUGAAAUUCCAUAUCACAGAUCAUGAGAACAAUUGGAGGGCAAAAUUAGGGGGAGCUUGAGCAUUUAGGGCGGGGUUUUAGUACGGGGCAUGGCACUAAAGGGCAUUUCAGACUAUUCAGCAAAAAAGACUAAUGUUUAAAUGUUGCUCAUGUUGUGUUACACUCGUGUUCAAAUGAAUUUUAAGAAAAGACAAUAGUGUUUAGAUACAUUCACUAUUAGAAUAUGUGCUGUGCAUUCUGGUUUUGCAAAGCAUAGUUUGGUUAGUGUAGUGUUCCACAUUUAAAACUGGUAGCUGAACACCAAGCAGAGGCAAAUACAAGUGCAGUUUAGUUUGUCCCUUGUUGUAUAUAAUACAGCAAAAUCUAAUGUGUCAAAUACAGAGUCACAUUUAGGACAUAAAUAUUUCAGUGACUGUGCUUCAUUCUCUUAUUACAUUGACUGAGCAAAACUUGUAAAACGACUGUUAUGGGAAAAUGUUGAGCAUUCAAAUUUUAAUUGUUGACUGAGAAAAUGGUAUCAGUUACUGAUGUCCACAUAUGAAUUUUUUUUUUAUUUUUAUUUUUUUUAUAAAAUGCAGAUUUUACCAUUUGAUUCUUCUUUUGCUUUGAUCAGUCCUACUUGCUUUUAAAACUGUUAAACUCUUUACAUUCUUUUUGUAUUUUUGAAUGUUUUCUUUUUUGUUUCUCUGCACUUUUACACAUUGCCCCUUUUGUUUUGUUUUGUUUUUGUGUUUUCUUUGUGUUUGCUCAAUAAAACUCCCAGAAAAGCAGUUUUAUUCCAUGAAUAUCAUGUCUCUACUGGAAGAUUCAAUAAAUUUGUUUCAUUACUUAAA